UACAGGUUAUACUUACUUGUAUAAACAUUGCGAUUAGCCAACUAGAUGGUCCUAUGUACUUGUAUUUUCUUUUACUCACUCCAAUCAAUACUUGUCAAAGCACACUAAAUGGUUAUAUUGGUUACUUUGGUUUUAGCCAGUCAGCACUUAGCAUAUUUCAUGUUUAAUUAUUUUUACUCACUUAAUGAGCGCGUUCCAAAUUUCUUGUUAGCGGUGCUAUUGGGAGGCAUUUGAAUGAGUUUAUCUUGUUGCCACAUGCAUUGAGACCACAUUCAGAUUGAGAUUGAGACAUUGGAGGCUGUCGUGGAGUCGCAACAGAGUAUAAAAACACCGAGGACUACACAGAUUAAUUACAACGAUCUCGAUCAGCGACGUGUGCGUACACAAUUCUCCAGCUCUCCAGCUCUUUAGUUCUUCAGUCUUGAGUUAAAAAUUCAGUUUGAAAUGUUCAAUUAUCUAUUCUGCAUUUGCCUGGCGUUGACCGGAGCCGUUUGGGCCGUUGAGUUGCACCCGGAGCCGGAUUACGGACCAGUUGCCUAUGAAUUCCACUGGGCAGUCAACGAUCCGCACACUGGCGACAUCAAGAGCCAGAAGGAGACACGCAAGGACGACAAGGUCGAGGGUCAAUACACUCUCAUCGAUGCUGAUGGUUAUCUCCGUACCGUAGACUACACAUCGGAUGCCCACAACGGCUUCAAUGCCGUUGUCCGACGUGAGCCGACUGACAUUAAGAUUCCUCAACCAGAGAUUGAGCACAAGAAACUGAUUGCCACCAAGAUUGUGACACCUGUGCUUCCUCUGGUUCACUAUGCCCCAAAGGCUAUUCUCAAGGCACACGAACCCUCUGAGGGUAAUUACGUAUCGGUAUCGGGACCCACAGCCCAAUACAAAUACUAGAGUGUUCUACAAAGCAUUCUCAACAACUGAUCAUACAUCGACUACAUCACAACAUCAUGAUUUGAGCAGCAAAAAGAAAAAUAUCUCCAAGGUGCCAACCAUUCGCAUUCGCAUACAUCACAAUUAAGUUAUAUACAUACAUUAAUUUACAUUAUUUUGUACAUCAAAGCUCUACACACAUUGUAAAGAUACAUACAUACUUACGUGCUUACAUCAUAUGCAUAUAAUUACAUUGAAUCUGUUCUGUAGAAGAACACAAA